AUGCAAACGAUAGUGGCUCCGACCUGCGGUGAGGAGAAAGCGGAAACGAAAGCGACAAAGGAGAGGGCGAAAUGGAACGCACACACGAACAGAGAGAACAGGCGGCAGAUCGAGUUGGGAGAGUCAGCAGACUGGCCAGCACCAGAGGGCCUCAACGUGGUCAAGGCUGGCGCUACGCCCCGGAGGCAGAUGCGUCGUGUGCUGUCGAAUCACCUCCAGAAGCUGGAGUGCGGCGGCUAA